UCACCAAAGUACACACACCACACUAAUCAAGUACACAUCCAGAUCCAGGCCAUCAAGUUACCCAGAGAAAGAUCACCAUAUCACACAUAGCGCCAUGUCUGGCGUGUGGGUGUUCCGCAACGGGGUGGUGAAGCUGGUGGAGAACCACCCGGCGUCGGCGGCGGGACCUCCCGACGGCAGGGCGGUCUGGCGCAAGGCGCUGCUGCACACGCCCACGGGGGAGGUGGUCGCCUCCUACGCCUCGCUGGAGCGCAAGCUCGUCACGCUCGGCUGGGAGCGCUACUAUGCCGGUGGGGGCGGCACCGCCGGUGACUGCAUGCUCAGGUUCCACAAGCGCUCCUCUGUCGACCUCAUCUCCCUCCCCAAGGACUUCGGCCAGUUCAGCUCCGUCCACAUGUAUGACAUCGUCAUCAAGAGCCGCGACGCCUUCCGCGUCAUCGACGUCUAGGCUUGCUGGCUGGCUGAUCGUCCAGCCAUUCGAUAGAAGCAAGCACAGCUAGCUCGUGCGCGCUGGCCGCCGCCACCGUCGCAUCCUCAUCGAUCUCCGCGGGUUAACUUUUCCACCUUGUGUAUGUGUGUACGUGCCCUGCACGUAUAUGCGUGUUUAUGUAUAUGUACAUGGUGUAUUGACGUAUAUGUAGAUAUACAUGCUGCGUGUGUAUUGUGGUUAAUUAUUAUUUUGUCUACUAGUAUUAUGCUAUCGAUGUGCCAUGUGCGGGGACCUUGUGUAUCACUUGCCACUUGCUCGUCUUCUUUUGAUCAAGCUUGUUUGGUAUAGUAAUGAUUUGGAGAGGCCAUUAGAAAAUUAUUCACUCCAAACUAAUAUGUGGUUGAAAUUGAAUGGUUAGCAGGGUAGUUAUACAUAUUGUUUUGUCUCAAA